AUGACCCCAACACCAUCCCAUCUGAAUACAUUCGACUUUUGUGCGUUAGAUCAGAUUAUUGUAAGUCCUUAUGUACCAAUCAUCUUAUAUUACCCCAAUAAUAAUGGCGACAAUUCCAAUCAAGCCCUACAAAGGUCAGAGGUUCUAAAGAAAUCUUUGUCUGAGACCUUGACUCGGUUUUACCCUCUUGCUGGAACAAUCAAUAACGAUCUUUCUAUCGAUUGUAACGAUAUUGGUGCUAACCAUAUUGUAGCUUUGGUCCGUGGUUGUCUUGACGAAUUUCUAGUAUAUCCUGAUCACGGGUUGAUCAAUACCUUUUUUCCAUGUGAACCUAGCUUUAACAAGUCUAGUAUUGGUAAUCGUGUAACAAACGUGCAAGUAAACAUUUUUGAAUGUGGUGGGAUUGCCAUUGGCUUAUGCAGUUCACAUAAAAUCCUUGAUGGGGCUGCAUUGUACAAGUUUAUGAAAGCAUGGAGUAACAUGGCUCGUGGAGCUGAAGAAGUUGUGUAUCCAAACUUCACCGCUCCAUCUAUUUUCCCUGCGAAAGGCUCAUGA